AUGGCCAACAUGAAGGACCGGCAGCAGCUGCACCGCGCCCGCAUCAUCUCGAGCGUGGCAGCGACCUUUGUGUCCCUGGCCUGUGGAAGCAACUAUGUCUACUCGGCAUGGGCCCCUCAAUUCGCCGACCGCCUCAAAUACUCAACAACCCAGAGCAACCUCAUCGGCCUCGCUGGAAACCUCGGCAUGUACGCCUUUGGGAUGCCCGUUGGAAUUCUCGUCGACGCGAAGGGACCCCGCCCGGCCGUCCUCCUCGGGUCCAUCAUGCUGGCCUUGGGGUACUUCCCACUACACCUGGCAUACGAUAAAGGUUCCGGCUCUGUCGCCCUCAUGUGCCUCUACUCGUUCCUGUCCGGUCUUGGUGGCUGCACGGCCUUCGCCGCGGCUGUCAAGACGUCUGCCUUGAACUGGCCGCAUCACAGGGGAACGGCGACGGCCUUUCCCUUGGCUGCAUUUGGGUUGAGCGCAUUCUUCUUCUCGCUAAUAGGCGGCUUCCUCUUCCCGGGAGAUACGGGCGACUUUUUGAUGCUCCUGGCUUAUGGCACGUCUGGCAUGACCUUCCUCGGUUUCUGGUUCCUCCGUGUAAUCCCACACCACGGCAGCUACCAAUCCGUGGCUGCCGACGAGGACGAGGGCAAGGUUCGAUCAGAUGCUCCCUUUGUCGAGCCUGGUAGGUCCUCCCGCACUUUCCCCUCUACUAGCACGUCCACCUUACCCACGAACCAAGCGGAUCAAGAAGCCGGAAUCGCGGCCUCAGCGCCGAAGCACCCCUAUGACUUGACCAGUGGUCGGACCGGAGACGGCGAAUCGUCCACGCUCACGACGGCAGCUUCAUCUACAAUCGUCGCCGAGGCGGACGAUUCCGACGAAACCUCUUCACUUGUUUCUUCCAAGGGCUCCUCGGUGGCAGGCGAGGUUUAUGUGCAGAACGUUGAUAUGGAUCGGUCUCAUUUGGUAGAUAUCCGUGGCUGGGAGAUUCUACGUAAUCUCGAGUUCUGGCAAUUCUUCGCCAUCAUGGGCAUUCUGGCUGGCAUUGGCCUGAUGACAAUCAACAACAUCGGGCACAGUGUGCAAGCAUUGUGGCAGCACUACGAUGAUUCUGUGAGCAACGAAUCUCUGCUCAAACGACAACAGCUUCACGUAUCGAUCCUCUCUGUUUGCAGUUUCUCCGGCCGUCUGUUAAGCGGUGUUGGCUCCGAUUUCCUUGUGAAAGUGCUUCACGCAAGCCGCGUCUGGUGUCUUGUCGUCGCGGGAUUCAUCUUCACCAUCGCCCAGGUGUGCGCCUUGGAUAUGGUCAACCCAAACCUGCUGGGAUUCGUUUCUGGCCUCUCGGGUCUCGGCUACGGAUUCCUCUUUGGCGUAUUCCCUUCCAUUGUUGCAGAGAGCUUUGGCAUACACGGUCUCUCUCAAAAUUGGGGCCUCAUGACCAUGAGCCCGGUCGUUUCCGGCAACAUCUUCAACCUCUUUUAUGGAGUCGUAUUUGAUCACCACAGCGUGGUCGGUCCCAAUGGCGAGCGCUCAUGCGUGGAGGGGCUGCAGUGCUACCGCUCGGCUUAUCUGGUUACGUUGGGAGCUUGCGUGGUUGGCUUCGUUCUCACUCUUUUUGUUAUCCGUCACCAGUCCAUCCAGAGGGAGAAAGAGGUUAAGAGCAAAGAUGCCCUCGAGGAUUGA